CGUGCAUUUUUUAAUUCUUACGUUGAAAACGCAUCUGAGAACCACUGACUCAACCACGUAUUUUGACGUACGGCAUUUUGCCGUUGCGUCGCGUCGGUACUCACUUUCAACGUAUUAUCAAUGCAUUUGUUGCAGCGUAAAUUUGCCGUCGGGCCAAUUAGACGCCCGUGAAAAUCCAACUUGACAAAAAAAAAUACAAAUAUAAACGAAUUUCAUCUGUCAAGCUGCCGUCGUAUCGCCAUCAUUUUUUUACAACGUGGCACUGAGGAAUCGCGCCAAGUAAAGCGAUGACAACUCUCCGAUUGGCCCUGGUACAACUUGCCGUAACCGACGAUAAAGCAAUAAACAUUUCCCGAGCAAUCUUCUUUGUCGAACAAGCAAAACAACAAGGCGCCGACGUCGUUGCACUGCCAGAGUGCUUCAACUCACCUUAUGGAACUGUACAUUUUCGAAAUUUCGCUGAAAAUAUUCCCGCGGGUGAGACAAGCCUCGCUUUAUCAGCUGCAGCUAAAACGAAUGAAAUUUGUGUGAUCGGUGGUUCGAUCCCGGAAAGAGAUGGGGAGCAAUUGUUCAACACUUGUACGGUCUGGGAUUCCAACGGAACAUUCAUCGGGAAAUACAGAAAGAUGCAUUUGUUCGACGUAGACGUUGAAGGAAAAAUAUCAUUCAAAGAAAGUGACACCAUCACAGCUGGCAAUGAGCUACUCACGUUUCGAGUCAAAGGCUGGAAAAUCGGUUUAGGAAUCUGUCACGACAUCCGGUUCGAAGAGUUGGCUCGUCUUUACCGUAAUUUAGGGUGUCAAUUGAUGUUUUACCCCGUUGCUUUUGAAUCGACCGUAACCGGACCGUUGCAUUGGUCUCUUCUCCAACGAGCCCGUGCCAAUGACGCCCAGCUUUACGUUGCCGGUGUAUCUUCGGCCAAAGUAGAGGGUUUCGGGUACGAAUCUUAUGGCCACACGCAGCUGACGGAUCCCUGGGGAAGAGUGCUCAAGGAGUUGGAGUUCGCGGAAGAUAUGAUUGUUGCUGAUAUUGACAUGACAGUUGUUGAUGAGGUGAGAACCCAGAUUCCGAUUUUUGGUCAACGACGUGAGGACUUGUAUGAGACCGCUUGGAUAAAAAAUUAGUACGAACGCCGGAGAAGUUUUCGUCAAUGUAUAUUUUCUUUUUUUUUUAUACAGCUAAUGUAAAUUAUAUUAUUGCCCGUAUCCUUCAAAUUGACAGUUGAAAAUGCGCACUAUAAGUAAUGGAAAAAUAUCAUCCAUUUGCAUAGUUAAACUUUCGAAGCUGUUCAAUUUGUUCGCAAGUUAUUGUACCUUAAUUAGCACGCUUUGUUUUAAUUUCAGAUCACUGAAUAUAAUACAAUGAAUUUAGAAUGUUUAUUUAUACAUAAAAGGCCCCUUGAUGAUCCUCAACAAAUCUCAAUCAAACUUAAUAGUUCAUGUUUUAACAUGUUAUUACGUUCCUGUGCAUAUUACAUAAUAUGUUAUUAUUAUUUUUAUAUUUACAUUGAUAGAAUAAUAAAUUUAUACGUGUAUAAAUAUUAGUUAAAAAUGUAAGCCUAGGAGAAAUUGGUCAAUUAAUAAGACUUCUAAGUAUGAAUCUAAAGAAUAGCGAGAAAGCUUUGAUUUUCAGUCGAUAUGAGUUGGGCUGAAGUAAUCCGAACAAUAUGAAAUCGUGGUAAUAUAUCACUAUAUUGAUUUGAUUUCCGGUGAAAGCUUGCUUCUGAAAAUACAUUGAAAACAAGUUUUCAGAUAAACUUGAAACACGACUUUUGUCAAAACAUCCAAACGUUUUCCAUAAAGUUUUUAUACGUCAGAAUUUCAUAUAAAAUCUUUAAAGUAGUUAUCCCGUUAAAAAUACAAGCGUUUUUAAACGCCCAACUCACUUGAAUAGAUUUUGCUUUUCCCAAAAUUUACUUACACAAUUAACAAGGAUGAACAGAAGAGACAAAAUAUCGCAAUAAUAUUCCAAGAAUUGGUAUUACAAGCUUGUUAAAAUUUUUUAGUAAGAAGUUGUUCAUCAGGUUUGAAAUCAAGAUCUCAAAAUUUUGCAUUCAUUUUAAAAGCAGCGCUCUUCAAAUUUGUCUCAUGUUCUGAAAUUACUUUAUCCUAACAAUAACUAAUUUCAUAUAUUCCUUUUUUCAUUCCAUACAAAUCUGCAACAACGAUGUACGAAAUUUUGAUUUGUGCAAUGCGAGGCGGUAUAAUUUUUUUAAGUAAUUUAUUUUUGCAUCUUUGAAAUUGUUUGCGAGAAGAAUUGGGAAAAAAUUUAUCGAUGCAAAAUGUGAUAUUAUAGCAUGCGAUAGCGUGGAAUGAAAUAUGGUUCGAUAUUAAAUAUUAUCUUACGUCAAAAGUCAACGCGACAAAACAUAGAGAAACAUAAGUUGAUGCAGAAAUUAUUUUUAAACUGCUUAAAAUUCACCCUACUUUCAACAUUCGAUAAUAUUACGUACCUUACAUCUAAAAAGACGUCAAUUCGCUAAGAAGUAUUCAAGAAACCAUUUAUUUCAGUAAUUUCUAGCUGAUACUUCGCAAGCAUUUUCAUGCUUACGAUGAUCGCUUGUGAUGAUAAAAAAAUUAUUUAUACAACGCAUGUCUGGUUUAUGCGUAUUUUUUUAUCUGCGUUUCGUACUGACAAGUUUUCAUAAAGAGCAAAAACUGACUUGAUAUUUAUGCAAAAGUUAUUAUAUACAUGUUUUCAAUGAUAUGUGAUUACAGACAUAAAUUCUUAUUCGAAUGGAUGGAUUUAACGUAUCUUGAUACUGGCUCUUGUCGAUUGGAAUGACGAAAUGAUAAUAUGGAUUACGUCUACAAAUUGAAGAGGUAGAUUUGAAAAAACUGUAAGUACCUGCAAACCAAAAACUAAAAAAAAGAUAACAUCCAAAACUGUUUUUUCUUCACUGCGUGGUUAUUUAUCGCUCGGUUAUUAUUAUUGUUAUUAUGUAAAUGGCACUUACAGCUUUUAUCAUUUCUUCUCUUCAAUUAUUUGCCCGGUUUCGCGCUAUAGUUUUUUACACCGAUAUGCAUAUGGGACAUUCCAUGUCAACUAGACCAGGUCCUAACCCUGAUCUUUUAGUAUCUCCCAAAAAUUUCAAAAGCACUUAAUUGAAUGUUUUUA